UAGCUGCAGGUAACACCCCCCCUUCCUCCCAAAUCCCAAACCUGCAUCUGUCGUGGCGGCCACGGAGGGUCGCCUCUGGGGGCGGAGCCCACCUCGGUCUCUCCUUCUUGGUUCUGGAUGGAAUUGCGGUGAAUGGAACAGAAGCCCAGCUCGGUGGAGUGCCUGUCGGAGCCAGAGGACACCCGGUGGCCGGAUGGGAAACGUAAAAGAAAAAGCAGCCAAUGUUCGGUGAAAAGCAGCAUGUCAGGGUACAUCCCUAGCUACUUGGACAAAGAUGAACAGUGCGUUGUAUGUGGAGACAAAGCCACGGGGUACCACUACCGAUGUAUCACCUGCGAAGGCUGCAAGGGCUUUUUCCGACGGACCAUCCAGAAGAACCUGCACCCGACGUAUUCCUGCAAGUACGAUGGCUCCUGCGUUAUCGACAAGAUCACCCGCAACCAGUGCCAGCUUUGCCGAUUCAAGAAGUGCAUUGCUGUUGGCAUGGCCAUGGACUUGGUGCUGGAUGACUCCAAGAGGGUAGCCAAGCGGAAACUGAUUGAAGAGAACCGGGAGAGGCGGCGCAAAGAGGAGAUGCUGAAAUCCCUUCAGCACCGGCCAGAGCCGACAGCGGAGGAGUGGGAGCUGAUCCACAUCGCCACGGAGGCGCACCGCAGUACCAAUGCCCAAGGCAGCCACUGGAAACAGAAGCGGAAAUUUCUGCCUGAAGACAUCGGUCAGUCACCCAUGGCCUCCAUGCCCGACGGGGACAAAGUGGACUUGGAGGCGUUCAGUGAGUUUACGAAGAUCAUCACCCCCGCCAUCACCCGCGUGGUGGACUUUGCCAAAAAACUGCCCAUGUUUUCAGAGCUGCCUUGUGAGGACCAGAUCAUCUUGUUGAAGGGCUGCUGCAUGGAGAUCAUGUCGCUGCGGGCAGCCGUGCGCUACGACCCUGAAAGCGAGACGCUGACGCUGAGCGGCGAAAUGGCCGUCAAGCGGGAACAGCUGAAGAACGGCGGUCUGGGCGUGGUGUCAGAUGCCAUCUUUGAUUUGGGCAAGUCCCUCUCUGCCUUCAACCUGGACGACACGGAAGUAGCACUGCUCCAGGCUGUGCUACUCAUGUCCUCAGACCGCAGCGGACUGAUCUGCGUCGACAAGAUCGAGAAAUGCCAAGAGACCUACCUGUUGGCGUUCGAACACUACAUCAACUAUCGCAAACACAACAUUCCCCAUUUCUGGCCUAAGCUCCUCAUGAAGGUGACGGACCUGCGCAUGAUCGGGGCCUGCCACGCCAGCCGCUUCCUGCACAUGAAGGUGGAAUGCCCCACAGAGCUCUUUCCCCCACUCUUUCUCGAGGUCUUCGAGGAUCAGGAAGUCUAGGGUGGGGGGGAGAGGGAGGGAGCAAACAGGGUGGCACGGGAGAAUUGGGGAGGCAGGCCAUUUGGGACUGGGGCAACGUCUGGACUCGGGCCACGGAGCCCCCAACCUCAUCACUUCGGACACAACAGA